AUGUCUUUGAAUCCCCUCUCAUCAAUUGCUCUACAAACUGCCGUGGUGGUGACCACGCUCGGCUUUACCCCGGCUCAGUCAAGCCUGAGGCCUGGUGCAUUGGUAAUCGUUGCACUAUGUACUGGCCACUGUAUCUCCACCGCAUUGGAAUACUUCAUUCGAACACCAUGGGCCAGCCUCGCAGGCGGCUAUUCGGUCAUGUUACUGCUUCACUAUAUUGACAUUGGCUUGUUGACGCGGUGGGAAUUUGUCGACCCCUCACAAGCGAAAUCGCCGGAGACGCUAAAUCCAACCUGGGCCCGGCUGCGGUUUGGCGUCUGGGCGGCCUUCAACGCGCGAUGCAUUGGGACGCCUGAACAGGUACACAACGUCCCUGAGGCCGUAACCCGCGACCGAACCGCAUUUCUCUGUCGAUCUGUGGGGAUUAUUCUCCUCAGUUAUCUGGGCCUUGAUGUGCUCGGGUCAAUGGGUGAUCCUGAGGUAGGAUCUCGCUUCCUCAUUGCAUCUCGUGUGCCAUUCUUUCGGAGACUCUCCGAAAUCACUGCAGAAGAGAUCAUCAUUCGAAUCUGUUCUGGCAUUGCAGCUGGUAUAGGUCUGUUGGCCAGUCAGGGAGGCUUCUAUUACCUCUUUGCAUUCACCAGCGUUCUUCUGAGGUGGAGCAAGCCGCAGGACUGGCCUCCUUUCUAUGGAGACUUGUCGGACGCGUAUAGCCUGCGAAGACUUUGGAGUCGCGUGUGGCACCAAUCCAAUUCCCAUAAAUUCCGUGCAAUCUCUCGCUUUUUCGCUCGUGAUGUCUUUCGCUUCCAACCAGGGACUCUCGCCGACCGAUAUGCCAAAGUUGUGAUGGUGUUUGCAACCUCAGCAUUCAUGCACUUUCUCAUUGACCUGUCGUCGGGGCUAUCGUCCUCUAGCUCUGGGGCUAUGCAGUUCUUCUGCACGCAGGCCCUCGGAUUAAUGAUGGAGGAUUUUGCUGUCAAUGCUUACUUUGUUCUACGUGGCGGGCCGUCCCGCAAUUGGAAAGCUUCUCGCGGCGAACGGUUGAUCGGAUAUCUUUGGGUUGGUGGCUUUUUGGUCUGGUCGUUUCCUGCAUAUCUUUAUCCGAUGUUGUAUCGCUCUAACGCGGGUCUUAAUGACUCGGCGGUCCCGGUGAGCGUUGUCGGGAUGCUGCAAGGCAGUUCUUGA